AUCUUGCAAAAUGGCUGAAGGCUGAGUAGUUCUUUGUGAGGAUUGUUACUUCUUUUUUGGUGUAAAUUGAUAUUUUGCUGAAUUAAAUGUGUUAUUGUGGAGUGUUAGUGAAAUUAAAUCAUCGAAAAUCAUUAUAUCCAAGUGUCAUAUUUGCAAGAGAAGCUGCAAUAUCUGGGAAUACAUCAGAUUACUACACUAAUGUUCAAGCAACUCAAAUAAAAAUACAUGAUAAAUGAACUUGUACUAUCACAAGAAUGGCACGCUGGGGCACUGUAAUAUAUACCUUAUUGUGUUACGAUUUGGUAAACACACAAAUAAAUAUGCAAGGGGGUCAUAGUGAAAAUGCCAAUUUCUUAACACCAGACAAAAGUAGGACUAUCAAAACACAUAAUCAUAAACCAACAUUCAGAGACUGUCAGAAUUACAAACCGUCAGUGAAAGAAGAGCAAGACGCGGGAACUAGCGUAAUACAGGUAAAAGCUUAUGAUGACGACCCGAGAGACGGGGGAGGCACAGUGACAUACAGAAUAGUUCAUCGUGAUGGCGAACGUGUCUUGUUCAGCAUAAACAAUGCCACCGGGUUGUUGAAAACAAUUCAGCCAUUUGAUCGAGAUGAACCUGUGAGACAGAAAGAGCUCUAUGUGACAGUACAAGCUACUGAUAAUGGGAGGCCCCCACUGGCGGAUAUUUGUACCUUUGCGGUUACCAUAACCGACAUCAAUGACAAUGCACCACAACUUGAUAAAGCAGCCUACGAAACCCAAGUGUCUGAAGAUUUGAAACAAAAUAGUGAGGUUAUGAGGGUAUUUGCUUAUGACAUCGACGACGGAGAGAAUUCCAGACUAUCCUAUAAUUUCUCCGAAUCCAACAAUUUAUUUUCAGAGUACUUCCGGAUAGAUAGGGAAACUGGAGUUGUCUACUUGAUACAAGCUCUAACAUCGAAAAAGAAUACUAGAUUCACGAAUUUAGUGUAUGUUUCCGACAAUGGCGUGAAUGAUCAAGAAGGCCAGAAAUUCUCGAAAGCAGAUAUAUCCAUUACUGUUGUUGGGUCCGAUAAGCAGCCUCCAAGAUUCAUCAAACCAGAUUCUCUUGAGCCCAUCGAGCUUAAAGAAAACUUUCAAGAUUUUUCCAAGCAUCUCGUUACUCUUGAAGGAGAAUCCAAUAUAAAAGAUAAAGAGCUCGUUUAUGAACUAGUUAAAGGAAAAACAUUUCAAACGAACAAGGAACAAACAUUUUUACUAGUUCCUGAAGGAAACGUAGCUCACAUAACCUUAGUCCGUCCAUUGGAUUAUGAAACCGUCACUGAAUAUACAUUGACAGUGAAAGUUAAGAAUAAAGAGUCCAUGGAUACAUCUAUAAACAUUCAUAUCAAAGUGCUUGAUGUGAAUGAUGAAAUACCUAGUUUUUUGGAGUUUUUAAAAGGCAGUGUGGUUGAAAAUGACAGUCCUGGUGUACAAGCUAUACAAAUCAGAGCAAUUGACAAAGAUGGCACUUCUGCUAACAAUAUAGUCAGUUACGAACUGGAAGAUAACACAGAUAUAUUUGCAAUAGAUAGAACAACAGGAGUUAUCACUUCUAAGGUUCAAUUUGACCGUGAAAGUGUCCCACUUUAUCACGUAAAAGUAAAAGCCUUUGACAAUUCUCCGUCAGCCUUGUUUAAUACAUCCGAACCAAAUGUAGUUCAUCAAAUUUUUCAGAUCAGUAUUGAAGACCAGAAUGAUAACAAACCCAGGUUCACUCAUCCAAUUUAUUAUUUUAGUAAUAUAACAGAAGGUUCUGAUAAGGCUAGUCAUGUUGGUGAAGUGUUAGCCUUAGAUAACGACACUGCUUCACUCAUAUCCUAUAGUAUAACAGAAGGAAAUCUGAACAACGCAUUCAUGGUGGAAAACACAACAGGAAGGAUAAAAGUGAAUGAAAAGUUGGAUUAUGAGGCUAUUGAACAGUAUAACUUGACUGUCAGAGCAUUUGAUGGUGCUUUUGAAGACUUUGCAAAGGUUGUCAUUUUCAUUGUGAACGAAAACGAUGAGCGACCUGUUUUCAAUGAGUUCGAAAGCAAAAUUCAAAUUGAAGAAGAAAAAAUUGUCGAAGGGUGCAUUAUCAAAGUAUCAGCCUAUGAUCCCGACAUAAAAGACAGGAAUGCGGACCAACAUAUUGUAUACGAGGUAGCAAAAGAACAAAGAGAUUUUCUGAGCGUAACUGCCGAUGGUUGUAUUUCCUUGACUAAACCUCUCGAUAGAGAUCCACCCUCCGGUAAUCCAGAUAGACAAGUAUUCAUAUACGCACAUGAUAGUGAUGGUGGCACUAACUCUCUUUUCAGCUCUGCCGAAAUCCAAAUUAAUCUCGUGGACAUCAACGAUAAUGCACCGUUUUUGAAUGUGACUGAAAUCGUGUGGUACGAGAACCAAUUUCCUGGUCCUAUUGGUAAUUUGAGUGCUGACGAUUAUGAUGGUCCGGAAAAUGGACCUCCUUUCACUUAUCGUUUAGAUAAUACUGCUUCCUAUGAUAUACAAAGACUCUUCUCGAUUCAGGACGGUCAGCUUUUUGCUAAUGAGGAAUUCGAUAGAGAGAAGCAGAAGUAUUAUGAUAUACCAAUAAACAUCACUGACAGUGGAAGACCUCCUCUUAGCGGCAAAAGUAUUCUAAGAGUAAUUAUAGGAGAUGUCAAUGAUAAUGUAGCUGGUAAUGGCGAAAGUAGUAUUUUUGUGUACAAAUAUGUAAAUGGCCCUGACACGGACAUUGAAAUCGGUAGAGUGUUUGUGGAAGAUCUGGAUGACUGGGACGUGAACGAUAAAGUAUUCAUCCAAGGAGACAAUCAUGAACAAUUCUCGUUGAACAAGUCUAAUAACGGAAUGAUACUCAUGAGACCCACGGCAACUGAAGGAACUUAUGUUGUCAAGUAUGGGGUGACUGAAACCCACGAACCUACAAUCGAGACACACACUGUUAAUGCUGUUGUUUCCAUAACCAUAAAAGUCAUACCUAAGGUGGCUGUCAUUAGAUCAGGAUCUAUCAGGAUGCAUGUCAUAACCAAAGAAGAAUUCAUUGAAAAAUCCGAGGGGGGCAUCAGCAAGAAGGAUAUUUUGCAACAACAAAUAGCUAAAAUCGUGAACACAUCAUUGACAAACGUAGAUGUCUUCACUGUCCUUCAAGCGCCAAAUCAAAACAGCUCUUACAUCGAUGUCAGAUUUUCCGCGCAUGGUUCCCCGUAUUACGCUGCAGAGAAAAUGGAAAGCAAAGUCACAGAACACCAGACUGAGCUGGAACAAAAACUUGGCCUCGAUUUUGUGAUGAUUCAUAUCAACGAGUGCUUGAAUGAAACCAUUUGCGGAGCAGACUGCUCUUGCAUGAACACACUGAAUAUAACUAGAGAACCGGCGGUGGUUUUCACAAAUAAAACGUCUUUCGUUGGGAUAAACGCUUUUGUGGAACCAGUAUGCGAUUCUGUUCCAAGGGAAGUGAUAGAAUGCUUCAAUGGAGGUGUACUGAUUGAAGACACGACGUGUAGCUGUCCUCCAGGUUUUGAAGGUCCCCACUGUGAGAUAUUUGGUGUUGGUUUUGUAGGAAAUGGAUGGGCAAUGUAUCCGUCCUUCGAUGCUUCUAAUAAGACUGUAAUCGAGUUAUUCAUCUCGCCACAGAGUGAGAAUGGACUGAUAUUCUAUAAUGGACCAUUGACAGUUAGACAGGCUGAACUGUCCAAAGGGUACAUUUCCCUGGAGCUGAAGGACGGAUUUCCGUUACUGCAAAUCAGUUCAGGGCAAGGUACUGAAGAGAUUUACUUGACUGAGAAUAUCAAGAAGAUGAAUGAUGGUGCCAUGCAUAAAAUCAAAAUUGGAUCAGGAUAUGAUGAUAUAUCAAUGGAAGUAGAUGACUGCUUAAGUAUCUGUUCAAUAUGGAAGAACAAGAAUAACAAAGGGAUCAUCAGACCCAAUGGUCCUCUUCAACUGGGAGGCUUCAAAUUCAGAUUCGGCGACGAAGAGUUCAAGAUGGUUUGGAACCAUCUUCCUCCUACGUCUCAUGGAUUCAAUGGUUGCAUCCGUAAGCUGACCUACAAUAAUUUCUCUUACAAUCUGGGUCUGCCGUCGGAUCAGUAUCAAGCCUACCCAGAUUGUAACUAUGGCGUCAUGCAGGCUGUCAGUUUCGGAAUCGACUCGAACUUCUUGGUUGCCAUACUUGUGUGUCUUGCUAUUCUGAUAAUCCUCCUUCUGGCGGUGGUGGUCCAUCGGCGCAAACAGGACGACUUCAGCGGCAAGGAGAUCGACGACACGCGCGAAAACAUCAUCAACUACGAGGACGAGGGAGGCGGCGAGUGCGACACGAACUACGACCUGUCGGUGUUCCGGCCCAAUCACAUAGUCGACGAGAAGGAGAGCCCCGAGGUGCCGGCCGACAUCAGCGGCUUCCUCGACCACAAGAAGGACUCGUGCGAUAAGGAUCCCGACAACCUGCCGUUCGACGACGUGAGGCACUACGCGUACGAGGGCGAUGGCAACAGCACCGGCUCGCUCUCCUCGCUGGCCUCCUGCACGGACGAGGGCGAUCUCAAGUUCAACUACCUGUCGAGCUUCGGGCCGCGCUUCCGGAAGCUGGCCGACAUGUACGGCGAGGACCCGAGCGACGAAGAGUCGCACGACGGCGGUGAAGAGGCGUGGUGCUGAACGAGACGGACGGUUCGUUUCUGUUUGUGUGUACUUAAUCUUUUUUUUUUUCAAUGUUGUUAACCAAAGAUAAGG